AUGAUAUCUUCGCAGCCUCCCACACCGCUCCAAUCCGCUAUGGAAUGGUGUGCAAUGGAUCCAAAUCCGAUUACAGCUAAUCAUGUUGCAAAAUUGAUCCAAGAUGUCAAAGGGGGAGACACCACGACUUCAGACUCCAUGACCGAAUUGUCAUCCCUCUUUCCGUCCGAUGGUCGACGUAUUAGUUUUGGGACGGCUGGUUUGCGAUCUGCCAUGAAACCAGGGCCGUUGGGAAUGAAUGAUCUCGUGGUUCUUCAAGCGGCCCAAGGGAUUGCCAAGUAUGCCUUGCAAACGUCGUCCAAGACCAGUACAACUGACGACAAGAAGCCAAAGGGUGUCAUUGGAUACGACCAUCGAUCCAAUCCCGGCCUGAAUAUUUCUUCCCUCUCCUUUGCCAUUCUGACAGCGCUAGUGUUCCAAGAGGCUGGUAUCGAACCAAUAUUGCUAGACGGCUAUGCCUUUACACCCUUGAUCCCCUUUUGUUUGCAAAAAACCGAGGCCAUUGUUGGUAUCAUGGUGACAGCCUCCCACAAUCCAAAGCAGGACAAUGGGUACAAAGUAUACGCAUCCGAUGGGUGUCAAAUACGAUCUCCUAUGGACUCUGAUAUUUCCAAGGAAAUCAUGGCCAAUUUGGCUCCCUGGAAAGACUAUGGUUCAGUGCUACAAGAGCUGCAAAAGAAGUCAUCGAAUGAUGAUCCAUGCCUUGGAUUGAGUGAUCCGGAAAUGACAAAAAGCAUUACUAACGAUUACUUUGCGGCACUCAAGAAACAUGGUCUCAUGACGGAACAAGCAACCAUGUCAUCGACUGAUGAAUCCUUGUCUCCACCAUCUUUUGCCUACACGGCCAUGCACGGAGUUGGCCAUCCCUUUGCCGAGCGGGUUUUUUCCGAAUUUGGAUUGCCACCCUUUGUGGCGAUCCCAGACCAAAAAGAACCCGAUUUCACCUUUCCUACCGUUCCAUUUCCCAAUCCUGAGGAAAAGGGUGCCCUGGACAUUGCCAAGGCAUAUGCGGUGGACCAAAAGUGUGACAUUGUACUUGCCAACGACCCCGAUGCCGAUCGAUUGGCAGUAGCCGAAAAAGACCGAUCUACUGGAGAAUGGACUGUAUUCUCUGGUGAUCAGAUUGGCAUCAUGUUAGGGCAUUGGAUGUGGACUCAAAUUGGUAAAAACUGUGACAAGCCCGUCUCCAUGUGCGGAUCUACGGUCUCGUCCAAAAUGCUGGCAGAGAUUGCCCGGGUGGAAGGCUUUCACUUUGAAGAUACCUUGACUGGGUUCAAGUGGAUUGGAUCCCGGUCACAAGAGCUGAGCAAAAAGGAAGGAUAUCGCAAUCUGUUUUGUUACGAAGAAGCCAUUGGAUUUUGCUGUGGCGAUGUCAUCUUUGAUAAGGAUGGAGUCAGUGCCAUGGCAGUCUUUAGUGAAAUGGCACUCUAUGAAUACAGACAGGGGUUGACACUCAAACAGCACAUGCAGAGUCUCUACGACAAAUAUGGAGAGUUUGUAAGCCACAAUGGCUACUACCGUCUCGAAGAUUCUUCCGUAGUUCACAAGAUCAUGGACCGCAUACGGUGCAAUGGCAAGUAUGACUUGGAAUAUUUGUCUCCCUACCAGGUGGAAUACAUUCGCGACUUGGGGGUUCCCGGCUACGAUUCUUCCAAACCGGACAAACAGCCUACACUGCCGUGUUCGGCAUCGAGUCCCAUGAUUUCGAUUGGCUUUACCAAUGGAUGUUUGGCCCAAUUUCGAGCCAGUGGCACUGAGCCGAAAUUCAAGUACUACAUUGAGAUGAAGGGAAGCCCUGGGAAAUCGCGUGAGGAAGUCUCAAAAGAGUUGCAUGCCAUGACACCCAUCAUAUUGGAAAGAUUGCUCGAGCCAGAGAAGAAUGGGUUGAAGAUUCCCUCUAAAUUGUAA